AUGAUACCAAAAGUACGGAGGAAGCCAUAUUCUAGAGAAGUGCGUUUAAAAACACACAGGACUAGGCAGCUGGCCUCCUGUAUUAGAUGUCAUACCCAGCGUAUUAGAUGCGACCCGAAUCCUGAAGAUGAAACUCAUCCCUGUCUCACGUGUCUCAAUUCCCACCCCAGAACUAGAUAUCUAGGCUGCCUCCGCUAUAAGAUAUCCGAAAGUGUGCUCUUUAGAACUGGAGUUGGACCAUAUACUUUCUACCAACACCAUCCAAUGACGGGACCAAAAUACGGUGACUUCAUGCUCCAGACGUCCCGAAAGUGGGUGGAUAAUAAGGUCCAUGUUCUUGAAAUCACGCAAGAUAUUCAAUCCGUAUGCCGCCUUGAGGUUCGCCAGUUUGAACCCCCUGAAGAAAUUGAUGCCGUCGACCUGAAGGGAAGAUCAAUGUAUCAUAUACCAUGGGCCAUUGCCGAUGCGGACAAGGCAACCAAUGCUUUCAAAGAGUUCCUAGACAAGAGUCUUGUCCCGUACCUGGGCACCUUGCUGGACGAAAGUGAUCAAAUUGUUUGGGAAGUUUUUCAUUCUGCCAUUAGUUUCGCAUUCUCAAAAGACAAACCUGUAGAGGUGCUUCAAAAAGCCCUUCGUCUUUGGGUCGCAUGCCGUUUUAUUGAAGGCAAGUGGCGCUGCUGUGGAGCCGACAAGCUCGGUGCCGGCGAACUAAAAAAUCCUUUUCGUUCACCAGACUGGAUUUCACCACCACCAUAUAUCGACUACCAAUACGCAUCGAUCAUCAUGCACCGUAUUCUGAGACCUCUUCGCCUUGAGGUGCUUAGAACCCUCCAGAAGCUUAUCGAAGAGAACAACUCAAACAAUUGGUAUACGAUUUUUCUCGUAACAUUCGUCCUAUUACACAAUUACGAACGAGGUGUUGCAUUUCAGCGGGCUUUUUCGGCGAAGAGGGAAGCACCAGUAAGCAACAUACCUUUCAGCCACGACUUCAAUUGGAAAUCCAAGGACGCUCAGCACAUGGCGAAACUUGAUCAGCAACAAGUCGACUUAUUGACUUGGCUCAGCAAUAUAGCUCGUCAAAAAGGUAUGAUAUGGAUCGAACCAACUCGUCAGGCAGUCAAUCCCUUUGGCAAGGAGAAUGUUGGUAGCUGGCAUGUGCAAGUGCGACAAGGCCCUGUACCAUUCGAUACCAAGCUGGCGUGGAAUACAUCCACCUUCCGAUCUGAACAGGACUAUAUCUUUGAAGUCACCACAUCUCAGAACUUAGAGGUAGCCACUGCUUUGAAUAAGUUUCUAGAUCUUGGAUUGGACGGACAUGAGAUCAGCCCUCAGAAUUUCCAACUUCCUACACUUGGAGAAAGCCUGCGUCAACAUGCCCAGGAAGUGCACUCCGGGAGAGGGUUUGUGACUAUUCGCGGUAUUGAUUUCGACCUUUACUCCCGCGAAGACGGAAUCCUAGUCUUCUUGGGACUUGCGAGCUACAUUGGUGAGAAGAGGGCAAAGCAAGACGACCAAGGCAAUAUGCUCAUGCAUAUCCGCGACGCGAAGUCUUCAGCCAUAUCUCAAAGUGAUAGGCCCACGAGGUUCUCUAACCGAGCUUCGACUUUCCAUACGGAUCCAUUCCCUGACAUUCUUGGGCUUCUUGCGAAGAGCUGUGCUGCAAAAGGGGGCAAUCAUAUCAUUGCGUCAUCCUUGUCAAUCUACAAUGCAAUAGCUGCCGUCAGACCGGAUAUUCUGGAGGUACUUGCUCGACCUGACUGGCCGUUUGACAGCCCCGGUGGGUUGAUCGAGAGAACCAUGCGGCCUAUUCUUUUCUACCAUGGCGGCCACGCAAUCUUCAACUAUGCCCGUGAGCCUCUGAUAGGCCUCGAUAACGUUCCACGCUCCUCGGGCUUCCCGACCCUGACGCGCUACCAGCGUGAAGCACUUGAUUUUCUCGAAGCCACAGCGCACGCAAAUCAAUUGGUGCUUCAAAACCUACCAGGCGACCUGACGUUCAUCAACAAUCACGGGCUGUUACACUCUCGCGAAGCCUUUGAGGAUGAGCCAGAAAAGAGUCGCUACCUCGUGCGCCUGUGGCUGAAAAAUGACGCACUAGCAUGGAAGCUUCCGCGUGUGCUACGGGAGGGGAAUGAACGCCUUUUCGAGGAUAACGAGGUCGAGGAACAAUGGAAUAUUGUGCCAUUGCCCAGAUUGACAUUUACAGUUGCGGAGAGGCUCAGCUCCUAA